AUGGAAACCAGCAGUUGCUCUUAUCCUGUUACUGGUAUUUUUGAUGAGAUUCCUUGGAUGUCUAUGCCACCCCCGUACUACGCUUAUCCUAUUUCUGCUACUGGACAACCAGGGUAUUCAGUACCGAUGACUAUGCCUCAUUCAAUAGCUUAUCCAAGUAUGGCAAAUUGGUACAACUACGCAACUCCAGGCGCACAAGUUGGUGGCAAGUACAAGAAAAAGCGGAACUUAUUCACGAAACUACAACUGAAUAUGCUUCAGAGAAGGUUCGCUGAGAAAGAACACAUAAGACAACCAGAGCGAGACAGUUUCGCCCACAUGAUUGGUCUAACAGGAGAACAAGUCAAGAUAUGGUUUCAAAAUCAACGGUACAAACGUAAGCAUCGAGAGUACGGUACCAGAGAUGCAGGUACCACAAGUUCUUCUGGGGCUAACACCAGUGUCUCAUCAUUGUCUUCACCUUCACCAGAUGAAUUGCCUGACGCAAAACUACCUACAAAUUUUAGAGAAGUUCCUGCCGCACAACAGACCACAAAUAAUAUUCCUUGUUCCGAAAUCACGUUUGAACAAAGCAACUACUCGCAGUUGUAUUGGAGUCAACAGGCAGCCUACUACCCACCUCUCAACUUCAGCGCUCAAGGAUUCAACACUAGUCCUGAGGAGAAACUUUCACUUUCGACAUGCUCCGAAGACGACUUGGAUAUGUGA